GUUUAUAUAGUAUUUUAUAUUAAUAUUUGUCCAAAUAAAAUGGAGGUACAAAAUUACAAAAACAUACUAUGUGACGUAUUACCGGCGCCAGAUAUGUGAAGUACUGUUUGAUAUCUGUGAUGUCUGAGAUAUGGACUAAUAAUAAAACCAUUAGCUUUUCUAAUGGUUUUAUCAUGUGCUAUGAAUAAAAUGGAAAGAAUAACAAAAUUUACUUGUUUAGCUCGAGAUAAGUGUUUUGUACACAUGAAAACAUUAGAAAGACAUAUUUCUUUUAACUUACAAGAGGCUAAUGUUAAAAUAAGACCUGCAAACAGUAAUGGACUAUGGUGUCACAUACUUCUACCAGUUAUACUAAUUAUUUACAGUUGGUUGGACAAUGUAUCAACCCUUUAUAAGAUAAUAUCAUGCAUAUCAGUGGGAUUAUUGUUGAACAGUAUUUUAUUCAUACUGUUUCUCUCUGCAGCAAGUAUGGUGUUGAAAGAGCCAUUAUACUCUGGUUGUAUUGCAUCUGGAUUUUUGUCUUCUAUACUGCUGUAUGUCUUUUUGCAAAGAGAUCUCUGGUUUUCUCUAACAGUCAGCAUAUUAUCAAUGUGGCUAUAUAUAUAUUUGCUCAGAGUGUUCCUAGUAAAGUUUGAUAAGACAUUUACAAUAGGAGAAGCUAUGAUUUCAGCACAGGCUGUAGUAUUAUUUUGUGCAAUGUCUGUCAUCAAAUUCUUCUUUGAAAUGCACACAGAUGAUGAGGAAAUGGAAUUUAUAGGUGUAAUUGUUUAUACAAUAUUAUCUACAGUGGGAUUGAUUGUUACAGCACUGUAUGUCCUGACGGACUCACAGAGGACAUUGCAGACACUCACAUACAUAGUGGUAACAGCUGCUGUAUUUGUUUUGCUCAUGCUGCAUAACAUACUGGGAGCUGAUUGUGUGGCAACUAUAUUAAAUUAUGUGUUUGUGGAGCGGGAUAGGUAUCGAUUACUGACUCUCUGGCUGUCGAUUGUACUGCUAGCGGUAUGCGCUCUGCUCGUACGCACUAAGCUGGCAGUGAAAGCCAGUACUGUGACAAGGAAGACGUUCCAUGUACUGGCUUCAUUAGUGUUUUUGUCUGGUGUCAUAUACGACGUGAAUUUGAUGACUUUGGCUGCGGGUAUCGGGCUGGGAGUCAUUGUGUUUGUGGAGGCUUUACGCAAAUCCGGCAUAGAACCGAUCUCGUCAGCGUUAGAAUCGGUGUUCUUAGUCUACUGUGAUGAAAAAGACUCCGGUGUCCUGGCAAUGACACCUCUCUACCUGUACCUAGGCCUGGCUUUCCCACUGCUGGUGGUACCCAGCCGCGAGGGCCGCGAGCUCGAGUUGCUAAGCGGGGUUCUGUCGAUCGGCGUGGGGGACACUGCCGCCAGCUGGUUCGGCUCCAAAUUCGGCUUCAACAAGUGGUCCGACAGCAACCGAACAAUGGAGGGAACGAUAUUCAACAUUCUGUCACAAAUUGGAACCGUGUACGCUCUUCAACUAUUUGAGCUACUAGACAGUGAAGAGGCGUUGUUACGCACGGUGUUUGCAGCAACGGUGUCAGGAUUAGUGGAGGCCAAGACUAACCAAGUAGACAACUUGGUGUUGCCCCUCGUCACCAUGAUAUCAAUACAGUCGACUUGGAUAAUGUUGUGAUAUCGAGACCACGUAGAAGUAAAUUAUAAUACUUGUUUCGUUUAUUUACAUUGUAAUCAUAGUACAACAAAUAAGAGCCCCCACGCGGUGCACAAUAUUUUAUUUCGACUGUAGCUUCUAUAAUUAUUUUUUUUUUAACUUGUCUUAUUUACAA